UCUUGUCUUCUUUGGGAGGCGAGAAUUUUCAUAAAAAAACAUUGUCCUGUGGAAGUGCAUUAUUUUGAUUUAUCUUUGGUACAAAAAUGAAUACAUUAAUCAAUAGUAAAACUGAAGCUUUUAAAGACACGCGGGUACCAUCAGUAUUAGUGGUGAACGGCGAGAGUGAUGUGAAAUUGGUUUUGCAGGUGAUAAUAUCAAUAUGGAUAUUUCUGUUGGUUAAACCAAAUUGGUCCACCGGCCAUGUAAAAUGGGUCCAUCUCAAACUGCUCCUCGGGCUGGGUUCAUCUUAACGAAAUGAAGGAUGAAAAUCCAAUCCGCAAGGAACCAUUAGCACCAGAGUAACCGAAUUCAAGCCUAACUGUCACGAAGAAAUCGCAGCAGCAGAAAUGGCGAUCACUGUUUGUCAUCUGCCCACCUGGUAGAGGUUGUUGGAAAGCUAGAGAUGGAAGGAGAAAUUAGCGAAAUUCCAAAAACGGCGAAAAGAAGAGGCCCAAAGCCAAAGAAGAGUGCGGAAGAGAGCAGCAACGCCAACAGUUAUAAAGCGCCGAGUCCACCGCGCACACGUUCUCAGGUAGCUCCCGACUGGACCACUAAGGAAUCACUGAUUCUCGUGAACGAGAUUGCUGCUGUUGAAGGCGAUUGUUUAAAAGCUUUGUCCACCCAUCAGAAAUGGAACAUUAUUGUCCAGAACUGUUCCGUGUUGGACGUCUCUCGCACUUUGAAUCAGUGCCGGAGCAAGUGGAGCUCUUUGCUUGCUGACUACAACCGCAUUAAACAAUGGGAUUCUAAAUCCUCUUCUGAAUCUUCCUAUUGGCUUUUGGAUCCUCCUACCAGGGAUCGAUGCGGACUUCCCCACAAUUUUGAUUAUGAACUAUUCAGAGCUAUCGACCAUUAUGUUAGGGCCCAGAAGGACCACCCUGAUACCGAUCCUGAUACUGAUCCUGAAGCUGACGCUGACUUGCUUGAUGUCAUUGCUAAACUAGGUUCCAAAAGACACAGGCGACGGUCAAUGUCUCUGAAAAUUCAGCCGGAAGAAACUUCUCAGAAUUGCUGCACAAAGGAACAGGCUCAGAUAUUGCAUGCUGAAGAGGAACCUCAGCAAAGUCGCAAGGAAGAAAAUCUUCAGAUGCGCUAUGAUAAGGAUCAGCCCCAGACAGUUGACAGAGGAGAAGAACCUCAAGACAAUCUUAUGGAAGAGCAGUCUCAGGAGUCCUGCCGAUUUGGAAAUCCUGAGAAAAGCCAUGUCGAAGAGAAACCUCAGGAGAGUCUUGUGGAAGAAGAGCCUAAAAAUAUCAGCAUGUGGAAAAAGAAGAUAACUGGUACAGAAGAAAAGGAGCAACUGAUAGUGGAGAAGUUGCAUGGAAAUGCAGAAUCGAUCCGUGGUGUAGUUCAAGGCAGUCUUCCGGAAGUAGUUGAAUUUGGGGCCGGUGAUUCUAAAUCUCGAGAUAGUCUUGUGGUGGAAAAGUCUAAAAUUAUUCGCACAAGGAAAAAGAAGACCAGUGGCGCUGAGGAAAUGAUGAUGGUGGAGAAGCUGCGUGCGAAUGCAGAACUGAUCCAUGAUAUAGUUCAAGGAAAUCUUCCUCAGAGCGAGAACUGCCCAACUGAUGUUAUAAGACGUCAAGGGGACAAGCUUAUUGCAUGCCUUGGAGAAAUUGUAAACAUCCUUAACCAAUUUCCUUAUCUUGUUCAAGAAUGUGACUAGCGGAUGAGUGCUUUUUAAAUUUUCGUGUGCGUGCUGGUGUGAUGUUGUACUUCAGUAGCUAUCUUUGGUUAAUUAGAAUUUGUGGAACUGAGUGUUUGAAUUUGGGUUAUGAUGUAAAAAUAAAUCUGUGAUUCCUCCUCU